AUGACACAACGGCAAUCAUCGCAAGAACUUAUAUUUAUUUGUUUAAAAUUUGGAGUAAAAUAUCAAUCAAUACAAAUAGAUAGAUCUAAUCCGGAGGUACUUGACGUACUUAAAAAAAAUGCUGAAGAAAUUGUUGCAAAAGAGGUUGGUAGUUUGCAAGUCAAUGAUCAUCUUCAUCAUUUACAAUUAUUUCUUAUUUCACCUGAUCAUCAAACACCAAGUUUAAAAUUAAUAAAACGUCCAAGUGAUUUAACACCAACAUGUUUUAUUGAAAUAAUUAUUUGGCGUACAGAUCCAGUACAUAUAAUACCACCACGUGAUCAUAUACUUGCUGAACAUAGUUAUAAAAAACCAACAUAUUGUUCACAUUGUGAUUAUUUUAUGUGGGGUCUUAUAAAACAGGGCAAACGAUGUAAAAUUUGUCGACAAGAUUUUCAUCAUCAAUGUGCUGAACAUUUACCAGCAGAUUGUCCUGGUGAAGAUACAAGAAGUAGUUCAUUAAUGCGUCGUGCAUCAUCGAAUGUUACAAUCAAUUCAACACCAUCACAAAGUCCUGUUAUUGUUGAUGCUGAUAUAAAACAUGUAUCAAAUGAUCCUUUGAAAAAUAAAGCAGCAAAACGUUCGAAAAUAUUUGGUAAUGGUAAUCGUGGUAUUUUAGUAACAAAAAAUUCCAAAUCAGCAACUAUAGGAUCAACACCUAACACGUCUACACCAUUUUAUCAAUCUCCAAUAAAAACUCCACCAGUAAUAACAACUACAACUCAAAACGAAUCACCAACGAAUACAAAUGAAACAGCAGCAUCAACAGGAGUAACAAAUACGACGCGUAAAAAUACUCGUUUUCCACCAGAUCAAACAUUACAUGUGCAUAUGCGAACACCACCAUCUAAUAUGAAACCUGAUCGACGUAAAGAUAUUAAAUUAACAAAUUGUCAAGAAAAAGAUGGUAUUUGGACCGCAACUGCACAAUUUGGACGUGAAAGUCGUCAUAGCAAACGUGCAGAAAUAACAUAUGAUAAAAAGAAAUUUCGUUUUAUACAAAAAGAUGAACAAGGAAGCAAACAUGUUUUCGAAAUACCAGCUACAGACAUUGAAGCUAAUCGAUCACAAUCAUCACCUAGUAUGGUAACAAAUGGUACAUCAGAUACGAAAUCUGUUGCACCACCAUCAUUAGCAAUUAUUUAUCAAAAAUUAGCUUGUCUUCUUCUUGAUACAAUAAAUGAAGCUGUACAAUCAACAAAUGAUCGUAAAUUACGUUCAUCAUUUAAAAUGGUUCGUAAAACAGGUGCAGAAAAUGAUUCAAAAGAUUUUGCUGAUUUAUAUGAUAUGAAUGAAAAAGAAAUACUUGGUAUGGGACGUUUUGGUAUGGUAUUUGGUGGUACAAUGCGUCGUAAUGGUGUACGUGUUGCAAUAAAAAAAAUUCAAACAGCACAGUGUUCUGCAAAAGAUCGAGAAAAUAUUGAACAAGAAGCUGCAUAUUUAUUUCAACUUAAUCAUCCUGGUAUACUCAAAUUUGAAGGCAUUUUUGAUUUUGAACAACAUAUAUUUCUUGUAACGGAACGAUUAGAUACUGAUAUGUUAAAUUUUAUUCUUUCAAAUACAAAUCCAAAAGCUCGUUUAAAUGAAGAUGUUACACGAUUUCUUGCUUUUCAAUUAGUUGCAGCUAUAAGAUAUUUACAUUUUAAAAAUAUUGCACAUUGUGAUUUGAAACCAGAUAAUGUUUUAAUCAACAUAUUUCCCGAUGAUGUCGUACAUUUAAAAGUUGGUGAUUUUGGUUAUGCUCGAACUAUUCAUGAACAUUCAUUACGUUAUACUAAAGUAGGUACUACUGCGUAUUUACCACCAGAAGUAUCUCAUGAUCAAUGGCGUCAUGCUCGUGGCUAUAAUAAAACAGUUGAUAUGUGGGCGAUUGGAGUGAUUAUAUUUGUAAGUUUAACUGGUUAUUUUCCAUUUCAUGAAGAAACAGAUAUAUUACCACAACUUGAAAACAUUCCAAAAUUAUUUCAAGACGAUAUAUUUUCUCGUAUAACAGAUGAAGUCAAAGAUUUAUUACGUUAUCGUUUAUUAGUUCCUGACGCAGGUCAUCGUAUGCAUUCGGCUGGUGUUAUUUAUCAUGAUUGGUUUCAAAAAUCACAAAGUUUACUUGUAUCAUGUAAACAACUUGAAGAAUGUUUAGAGAAAAAAUGGUUAACAUUAUUUUUUGAAGAAACAGAUUCAAAUGUUCCGGUUGCAGCUAUUGAAGAAAGUGACAGUAAUUAA